UUCAUGCUCACACCAGUGAACAUUUCCUCCUAUCUUUCCCAUUUGUGGGCAGCUUUAGUUGAGUAAUCUCCCAUAAGAUCUUAUCUCCUCUGUUGCAGUUCCUUUACGUCUAUGUUAUUUAGAUGCCUAUCUAAAGCUUUCUCAGUGUAAUACAGAAGUGAGCAAGAAUUUAAAAACUCUCUGAAUUGGUAAAUUUGUUAAUGUGUACGUCUGGAGCUGUGAACAGCUUAAUCCUAUUAAAAGACGUGACGUUCAUCGAAAUUGUUUCCGGUUUAGGAUCUGAGUUUCAUUUUUAUAGCUAUGUUUUUCAAGAUUUGGGUGGCAGAGAGAUUGAAGCAGAGGAGAGCCGUGAUGAAGUUCUUGUGGGUGCUUGGUCUUGUAACAGCACUUGUUUUCAGCAAAUGGGUUGACGGGUUUCUGAAGAAGAGUCUUAAUAAGACAGAGCUGUCUUUGUUGGAGACCUAUGGAGGCUCCAAUGCUGCAAAUAACACAUUAAUGGUAGAGUUAACCCUCAUUGAAGGAGCUGGUGCUAAAGGAGCAGUCUGCUUGGAUGGAACAUUACCUGCUUAUCAUUUGCAUCCUGGACAUGGGUCAGGUGCAAAUAGUUGGCUCAUUCACUUGGAGGGAGGAGCAUGGUGUAACGACAUCCGGAGUUGUUCUAACCGCAAAAAUUCAGCAUAUGGAUCUUCAUCACUCAUGGAAAAAGAGAGGGCAUUUACUGGAAUACUAAGCAAUGAAGCUGAAGAUAAUCCUGAGUUUUUCAACUGGAAUAGAGUAAUGCUUCGCUAUUGCGAUGGUGCUUCUUUUUCUGGGGACAGUGAAAACAAGGAAGCCAACCUGCAAUUUAGAGGACAGCGUAUAUGGUUGUCUGCGAUGGAAGAUUUGAUGUUGAAGGGCAUGCGCUAUGCCAAUCAGGCUCUUCUUACUGGUGGCUCUGCUGGCGGUCUGGCAUCCAUUUUGCACUGUGACGAGUUUCGGGGCUUAUUUCCCACAACUACAAAAGUGAAGUGCAUGAGUGAUGCUGGAUUUUUUCUUGAUGCGGUUGAUAUUUCUGGUGGACGCACACUCAGGAAUUUAUAUACUGGUGUUGUAGGCUUGCAGGGGGUGCAAGAAAAUCUGCCACAUUACUGCACUAGCCACCUCGAUCCUACUUCGUGCUUCUUCCCUGAGAACUUAAUCGCCAACAUCACAACCCCGUUAUUUAUACUCAACGCAGCAUAUGAUUCAUGGCAGAUACAAAACAGUUUAGCUCCUUUAUCAGCAGAUCCCCACGGCGACUGGAACGGUUGCAGAUUAAACCUUGCAAGUUGUUCUCCAUCCCAAAUGCAAUUUCUGCAAGGAUUUAGGAACCAAAUGUUGGAUGCAUUAAAACAAUUCUCAAUGUCUGAUCAAAAUGGGAUGUUCAUAAAUUCAUGUUAUGUGCACGGUCAAACGGGGCAAGGUGCAUGGUUUGCUCCUGAUUCUCCUGCUGUUGGAAACAAGACAAUUGCAGAAGCAGUUGGAGAUUGGUAUUUUGACCGAGCAGAAGUUAAGGUUGUUGAUGAAACUUGCCGCCGUCUGGUUCCUCCAGUGACAGCAUAGUUAUAUCAAUUCGCUCAUUUCCAUGGUCAUCCUAUUAUCCCCUGUGCUUAAUAAAACAACUUUGUAAUGCAAUUGAAAUCAAUGGAAUUCUUUCUACGAUGAACAUUGAAAAUUAACAAUGAACAUUACCGUUUUCAAGGA